AUUUCUGAUUUCAGUUUGCAAUUCGCGCUGAACGAUUACGGAUCGAGUAUUUCAGUGAAAGUAAAACCUUAAGAUGUCCAACCUAGAACAAGAAUUACAAAAAAAUGUUGCGAAUUUUAUUAAUAUUGAUGCGAAUCGAAAAGUAUACACCCAACAUUACAAUACUUUGCGCGAUACAAUUUACUCCACGUUAAAAUCUGAGGAGGCGCCUAUAUGCAAAUGGCUCUGUGGACACAAACUAGGCGGAAGCUAUGGCGAUAAUUUGAAAAUCACAAAGCCCGAUGAAUUUGAUUUGGUGAUCUACCUAAAAUUUCCUGAAAAUGAUAGGAUUAUCGUAAAGAAAGAUCCUAGAAAACCUGGCAAUGUUACCCUGGACAUGACGGAGGUGUUAAAUAUUCUUCACAACCAGACUCAACAUAAAACUACCUUCACGAAUCUGAAGAAAAUAGUUUCAGCCAAUAACCUGCUGCUGGAGGAUAAGCUACAGGACAUGAUAUGUGGCGCCUUUACUCGCGCUCUAAAUAAAAUGGGGAGCAAGAUUAUAGUCGAUGGGAGACCUUCGAAGAUUGUCUAUAAGCGAUGCGGCCCGGCCCAUACAGUGUUUAUUAAUGAACCGAAUAUGAAAUACUCUGUUGAUUUUGUGCCGGCUGUUAGGCUAAGUGCACAGCAAAAUGUUUUGGGAGCAGAGCAACUCAAGUAUUUCCAAAAUAUUCAAUAUUGGGAUGCGAUUCCGAAACCCUUAAAGCCACAACAAACGAACAACAUAUCAUUUCGUGCAUCAUACUAUGAGGCUGAAAAAGAAAUGCUCAAGGAUAAGGAAAAGUUAAAGAUUGUAAUUAAAUUGAUGAAGAAGUUCCGCGACUCUAAGCCAAAUAUGAACAAUAUUAAAAGUUAUUAUAUCAAGACUCUAUUGCUGUGGCAAAUUAAGAGCCGACCCGCAACUUAUUGGAGACAAAAGAAACUGUCCGAGAUACUGAUCGAUAUGUUCGAUGCGUUGGCCAAGUGUUUGGCCGUGUCUCGCCGGAAUGGUAAACUGCCGUUCUUCUGGGAUCCAAAUCUGGAUAUGUUUGCAGCAUUCACGCAGAAUCAAAGAACCAGUAUGUAUGACUGUGUCGUAUCUGAGCACUAUACUCUUAUGCGAGCUGCCGGGAAUCUAACCAGUGACAUUAGCCAAAAUGUGCAAUCCUCAUUCAGCAGUCGAGAGGAACGAGGGGAACCGCAAAGGAGGCCAAAGAAUGGACAGGCGGGAAAUCGUCAACCAGAUGCUGCACCAAAAGAGCAACCGCAGCCAGCUUCAAAUUGUUUAAUCGCCUGAGCCGCCGCCGGAGCGAUCGACACUGAUCUUCGUCUUCAGAUUGGCCGCCUCGUGCUUCUGCUCCUCCAGCUCGGCCAUGCGGGCGAAUCGGGAAUACGCCACAUCACCGGUCUUAAUCGCAGACAUCAUCUAAUUAAAUUAAGAUCAUUAAAUGUUAGUAUUGUAAAUGUUGUAAUUGUGAAUGUAAUUAAAUGUAAUGACGACAGACACAAACCUGUAA